AUGGCAUCCGAAACUCCAAAGUUGGUUCGAGUCGGGGUGAUUGGCUGCGGAGAAAUUUCCCAGGUCGUCCAUUUACCGACUCUCAACCAUCUCUCCCACCUAUACACAGUGACUUAUCUCUGUGACAUUUCGCAGGAGGCUCUGAAGCAUUGUCGUGCUAAGGUUGCUGGAUAUGAGGCCCCUCGAACAACAACCGACCCUAAGGAGCUGUGCGCAUCCCCCCUAGUGGAUGUGGUUCUAGUAGCGAAUGCCGAUGAGUACCAUACAGAGCACACAAUUCUUGCUUUGGAGCAUGGGAAACAUGUUUUGGUAGAGAAACCCAUGGCGCUCAGUAUGAGAGAUGCCGACGCCAUAAUCGCUGCCGAGCGCGCUUCAAAGGCUAGGGUGAUGGUGGGUUACAUGCGACGAUAUGCCGCAGUUUUCGAAGACGUCGUCCGGGAAGUGGGUGGGUUGGACAAAAUUCUUUAUGCGCGUGUCAGAGAUAUUAUCGGCCCUAACAGUGUUUUCGUUGACCAGUCUGGGACCUUUCCUCAAAAAUUCACGGACAUCCCCGAGGACGCCAUACUGGACAAAUCCGCCCGUGGAAAUGAGAUCGUAUCCCAGGCCAUAGAAACAGAAGCCGGGAUCAAAAAUUCCACAGUUAAUCCGAUGAUGUGGAGAGCCCUCGGUGGUCUAGGUUCUCACGACCUCAGCGCGAUGAGGGAGGUCUUGGGAAUGCCCACGGGAGUUGUUGGGGCCUCCUUGGAGUUUCCCUUCUGGAGUGCUCUCCUGAAAUAUCCAACGUUCACCGUGGCCUACGAAUCAGGUCUUGAUUCCGUCCCCCGUUUCGACGCCCACAUCGAAGUCUACGGCGGCGACAAGGCUGUACGCAUAACCUACGACACACCAUAUGUGAAAGGCCUUCCGAUCACCAUGCGAGUCCAAGAAAACAUAAAUGGCAGUCUUAGAGAGACGAUCACCCGCAAGAGCUACGAGGACCCUUAUACACUGGAGCUGAAGGAACUCUACGAAAUGGUGGUGAAUGGGAAACCUGUCAAGACCACAGCAGAGGAUGCGAAGAAGGAUUUAGAAAUUUUCCGUAUGCUGUUUGAGAGCGCGCAAUAG